UGCGAGCUGAAUUGUAUGCCCGUCGGUGAGCGGUUCUACUAUCGGCAUCAGGCAAAGGUCACCGACGGAACGCGCUGCAGCGAUGAAUCGUUCAACGUGUGCGUUGACGGCACCUGCCAGCCGGUGGGUUGCGACAUGAUGCUAGGAUCACAGGCGAAGGAGGACAAAUGCCGCAUUUGUCGAGGGGAUGGCAGCAGUUGCAAGACCGCUGCCGGUUUGCUGGACGCCAGCAACCUGCAGGUCGGCUACAACGAUCUACUUCUUAUCCCGACCGGUGCCACGAACGUGCUGAUCAGUGAGCGAGCGCCUUCGAAUAAUUAUCUCGCGAUUCGGAACCUGACCGGGUUCUACCACCUGAACGGCAACUAUCGCAUCGAUUUCCCUCGCUCGAUGCACUUUGCCGGAUGUGAUUGGCACUACGAGCGACGUCCGCAGGGUUUCGCGGCACCUGAUCGGCUUACGUGCCUUGGUCCGACAACGGAAUCGGUCUACCUGGUGCUGCUGUCGCAGGAUCGAAACGUGGGUGUUAACUACGAGUACAGCGUAUCGUCAAAGUCGGCCCCAGUUGACGAGCCAGACAGCUACUCCUGGAUGCACACGGCGUUCGAACCGUGCACUGUUAGCUGUGGUGGUGGCGUACAAACGCGUAAUGUUACCUGCAACAGCCGCAGUUCGUUGCGUGAAGUCGAUGAGGGUCUGUGCAAUUCGAGCGAUAAACCAGCGACCUCGCAGAAGUGUGGUCAGCAGUCGUGCCCGCCACGCUGGUUCGAAGGUCCUUGGAGCAACUGUUCGCAUCCGUGCGGUUCCGAGGGCAAACAAACGCGCGAGGUUUACUGCGAGCGAGUGGCAGAAGAUGGUGAAACUAAGAAGCUGGAAGAAGACGAAUGUUUACAGCUGGUGGGUAACAAGCCGGCCACGGAGCGUGAAUGCAACCAGGGCCUUAUCUGUCCCGAGUGGCACGUCGGACGUUGGACUCCGUGCAACAAGCUGUGCGGUGAGGGCGAGCGGACGCGUAAGGUGACCUGCUUCCGGAAGGAAAACGGACGCAUCACGGUGCUGGAGGACGACGAGUGCAUCACGGAAAAGCCAGCGGUCAGCGAGAAGUGCAUGCUGCGACCGUGUGAGGGUGUCGAUUACAUCACAUCGUCCUGGACAGGGUGUGACGAGUGUGGAGCAACGAUGGAAACCCGCACGGUACACUGCGCCUCGAAGUCGGGAACCGUCUACAACGCGUCCUUCUGCGCCGAUCGUCAGCUGCCUGAGUUGCGCCGCGAAUGCAAGCUAACCCCGUGCGAGUUCCAGUGGUACACAUCCCAGUGGAGCAAGUGUUCGGCCGUCUGUGGUAAAGGGCUGCAAACGCGCACGGUUGUGUGCGGAAUGUUCGAUGGGCAAUCGCUGAAGCGAGCGGACGACGAUUACAAGUGCGAUGCCGAUCAGAAACCCGAGAAGGAGCGUGAAUGUGAUGGCCCACCGGAGUGUCCUGGUCAGUGGUUUACCGGACCGUGGACCGACUGCGAUAAGAGCUGCGGUGGUGGCGUAAUGUCGCGUAAGGUGGUGUGUCUUGCGAACGGAACCGUCGUACCGGAGACGAACUGCGAUGUGGACAAGAUUCAGAUGGCGACGGAGAGCUGCAACAAGCACGAUUGCACUGAGGACGAAGUCAUUCCGGUGGAAGUGGGCAGUACGCAGCCGGCAGAGGACGAUUACGAUGAGGAUGAGCUGUGUGACGAUGAAGGUGAUGGUGAUGAAUCCGACACGGAGAAGGACGAAGGAUCAGCUAUGGGUUUGGGCUCUACCGAGGGCCAGGAUGGCGUUAUGAUGGUCACCGUGGACACCACUCUUGUGGACGGUGUUGAGUUGGGAAGCAGUGAUGGCACUACGGAGACUUCCUUCGAAACGGACGAGGUUAUGAUGAGCGAUGCGACAGGAUUCGAAACUGGAGCAACAGAUGCGGAUGGUGUGACCACGCAGGCCAGUGUGGAAGGAUCGGGCGAUGCUAGCAGCUCUGCUUUGGACGUAUCUGAGGGUUCGGGAGACGAUUCCGAGCUCACGACAGUGGCAACGGCUUCCAGGGCUUCGGAGGAUGCAGCUUCGAGCCAGUCGGACAGCUCAACGGAAUCAGCAGCUUCAUCUGGCAGUUCGAUGGAACCAGCGAGUACUUCUCCAGCCGUUAGUGCGGAAAGCUCUACUGAAAUGUCGGAUGCAGUGACCGAGAGUAAAUCAUCCUCAGUGGACGACUCUUCGGUGACAGCUACGACGGAAAGCGCUACGACGACGGAUUCUUCGACGGACUCCACGACGGAUGUGACGGAAACGUCCACCAGCUCUACUGACCUUGACCUGACCUCCACCGAUGUCAGUGCGACGACGGUCGAUGCAUCCAGCACGAUGGACGCUUCGACCACGGACAUGCCGCAAACAACCACCGACAGCGAGCUACUGAGCACUACGGAUGCAUCCGAGCAGCUGACGACACCCGUUUCUGUCGCCGGAGGAUCCUCGGAUGGUGCAACCACCGACGAAAGCUCCACCGAUUCAAGCACUAAGCUGAUGGAUGGUUCCGAAUCCACCGACGCACCAUCGGUACCAUCGUCUAGCGAGUCCGCAAUGACGACGGAAUCGGUGUCCGGAGGAUCUACGGAAGAAUCCGCAACAUCGGUCUCGACCGACGACAGUUCGACGAUGGUCGAAACAGCGGAAUCUUCUGCUGCUAGCGGCUCAACGGAUGAUUUCACUGGCUCCACCGUGACCGAAGAUGGUUUGGAUGAAACGACGUACGAUAUUUGGGCUUCCUCGACGAGCGCCACCGACUCGGAGACCGACAUGGACACCGAAAGCAGCACACCGUACACGUUGUCCUCGAUCAUCGCUAAAGAGCAGAAACCGCGCAAGUGUAAACCACGCCCGAAGGUGCCACAGUGUGCUAAAUCCACGCACGGAUGUUGUCCUGACGGAAAAACCAAAGCCACGGGACCAUUCCUCGAGGGUUGCACCUUGGCGGAAACGUGCAAGGAUACGAAACACGGUUGCUGCCCCGAUGGAGUGUCCCCGGCAAAGGGCGUCAACAGUAAGGGCUGUCCGAAGCCGGAUUGUGACGAUACGCUGUUCGGAUGCUGCCCGGAUAAGGUCACACCGGCUGAGGGCAACGACAUGGAAGGUUGUCCAGUUGAGACGACGACUGUUGCCGGAUGUACGGCCGCGAAGUUCGGUUGCUGUCCUGAUGGCACUAGCGAAGCGAAGGGCGCCAAUGGUAAAGGAUGUCCUGGAGCUGUCGUGGAGGAGGAUAAGGACACGCCCUCUGGCACGGAUGCACCUCAACCGGUCGAUGGAGCUACUGUGGAGGGUUGCUCGAACACCGAGCAUGGUUGCUGUCCGGAUAACAGCACCGCUGCGAGUGGCCCUGAUGGAAAGGGUUGUGAAGCGUGCAGCCAAGAACCGUUCGGAUGUUGUCCCGAUGGAAAGACGCCAGCACACGGAUACAACGGUGAGGGUUGCUGUCUGGCAACACCGUACGGGUGUUGCCCGGAUAACGUGGUUGCAGCGCAAGGUCCCGACCAGCAAGGAUGCGAUUGUCAGUACGCACCAUUCGGGUGUUGCCCCGACAACAAGACCUCAGCUCGAGGACACGAUAACGAGGGUUGUGGCUGUCAGUACGCCCGGCACGGUUGCUGUCCGGAUCGGGAAACGGAAGCGAAGGGUCCGAACGCGGAAGGAUGUCCUUGUCACGCGCAUCAGUUCGGAUGCUGCCCGGAUGGGGUCACACCGGCAAAAGGACCUCACAGUCAGGGUUGCCACUGUACGCACAGCGAGUUCAAGUGCUGUUCGGAUGGGAAAACACCCGCCAAGGGACCGGAUGGUGAGGGUUGUACGUGCGCGGACAGCAAGUACGGUUGUUGCCCGGAUGGUGCGAGCGAAGCGCAGGGUAGCAAGUUCGAGGGCUGCACGGAGGUCCCGGAAUCACCGCAGAAGGCGUGCGCUUUGCCGAAGGACAAGGGUCCAUGUCAUAACUACACCGUGCGGCAUUUCUUCGACGUCGAGUACGGUGGAUGUGGCCGGUUCUGGUAUGGUGGGUGCGAUGGCAACAAUAACCGGUUCGAUUCGGCGGAUGAGUGCAAGACCAUCUGCGAGACGCCCACCGGCAAGGAUGUGUGCCAUCUGCCGAAGAUCAGUGGCCCGUGUACGGGCCAUUACAACAUGUGGUACUACGACGCGGAACGGAACAUGUGCGCUCAGUUCACGUACGGCGGAUGUCUGGGAAAUGCGAACCGGUUCGAGAAACUCGAGGACUGCAAGGCGCUGUGCAGCGUGGACGAUUCGAAGCCGCCCUGCGAGCAACCGAUGGAUGCUGGCCCGUGCAAUGGAACGUUCGAGCGGUGGUACUACGAUAAGGAGUCGGACGCGUGUCAUCCAUUCCACUUCGGUGGGUGCAAGGGCAACACGAACAACUACGCGACGGAACCCGCUUGCUACUAUCACUGCAAGAAGCCCGGCGUGCACAAGCCAAGCUGCAGCGAACCGCUGGAUGUGGGCGGGUGUGAAGCCCAGCAGCCACGCUGGCACUUUGCCCGGGACAGUAACAAAUGCAUGCCCUUCUACUAUACCGGUUGCGGUGGCAACGAGAACCACUUUGUCUCGCGCGACCAGUGCGAGGAGCAGUGCCCACCGAAGGUUGAAAAGGACACCUGCUUCCUGCCGGCGGAGAUCGGCGAAUGCCAAAACUACACCGCCCACUGGUACUUCGACACGAAGGAGGAACGCUGCCGGCAGUUCUACUACGGCGGUUGUGGUGGCAACGGAAACAACUUCGUCGACGAGCGGUCCUGCGCCAACCGGUGCAUGGAUGAUGGUACGAAGCGUGAUCGCGAACCGGUUCCCGAACCGGUUGGGCCAGGUUCAGCACCAUCGCCGUUCGAUCGCACCCACUGCCAGUUGCCGAUGGAUAAUGGUGAUCGCCAGUGCAGCCAGUACGUGGGACGAUUCCAUUACGACACGCGAACGGGCGGCUGCUCGGUGUUCACUUACACCGGAUGUGGUGGUAACGAGAACAACUUCCUGUCCGUUGAAGCGUGCGAACAAGCUUGCGGGAGUCCGCAGGAUGUCUGCCAGCUGCCUCACGCGUACGGUGAGUGCGAUGGUAACGAAGAACGGUGGUUCUACGAACCGCACGAGCAACGCUGCGUACACUUUGCGUACAGCGGUUGUGGCGGAAAUGGCAACAACUUCCGCAGCGCGGACGAAUGUGAGCGUAGCUGUGGUAAACCGGUUGAUAUGGACAUGCGUGGACCAUCCGAGUCACUGCCAAGCGGCACCAAUGUCAGCCGUUGUGAGGAUGCACCCGACUUUGGCAAUGGCGACGGUGAUGGGGAGUUGAUUCUGUUCUACUACAACGCCGAACGGCGCUCGUGUGAGCGUUUCCGGUACAGCGGUGCCGGUGGAAAUGCGAACCGGUACGGAUCGGAGGAAGAGUGCGAACGUGUCUGUGGAGUUUAUCGCGGCAUGGAUGUAUGUGCGGAUCGAAUGGAUGCGGGUCAGUGUGGUGACAGCAUCCCGAAGUACUACUACGACCUGAGGACGCAUGCGUGCUACGCGUUCAACUACAGCGGCUGCGAAGGCAAUGGAAAUCGCUUCGUUAGUGCAGAGGAAUGCGAAGGAACCUGCGUCCAUCAACGUCACCGACCGGAAGUGGAUGACACUGAGAGGUUGGCCGUUUGCAAGCUCCAGGUUGACAGGGGUGCCCAUGGUGGUUGUGGAAACCGGAACCGCGUGAAACACCGGAAGCGAUGGUACUACGAUGCGGAGCGAGAAACCUGCUUCGCCUUCCGGUACAGUGGAUGCGGCGGCAAUGAGAACAAUUUCCACUCGUACGUCGCCUGUCGGGCGUACUGUAGCUUCGAAUCUAACGCGGUAAAUCCCUGCGAGCAGUACGAAACCGAAUGCAGCCAGCUGGGAUGCCAGUACGGUCUGGCCAAGUCGUACGAUCCCGCCAACGGAUGUGAACGGUGCCAGUGCAAUGAUCCUUGUGCCGAUUACUACUGCCCACCUGGCACACAGUGCGUCGUCGACGUGCAGGGUGCCGAACCGGCCGUUGGCAGUGGUUCUGAGUUUGUCGGUGUGUGCCGUCCCUCGCAGAAACCGGGCGAAUGUCCUCAGCUGGGUAACGCCACGACUCACUGCAACAUCGACUGCCACUCGGAUGCGGACUGUCGCGGUAACAACAAGUGCUGCCAGGCAGGUUGUGCACGACUUUGUAUCAAUCCGGUCACGCGUCCGGCCGUUCCAUCUGGUCCGGUGCAACCAGGCGUACCGACACCCACGGUGCUGGAGAAUGUACCGGAAGAGGAGAUGGACAUCAAGUCGGAGGAAGGUGGUACCGCGACGUUGCGUUGCUUCGCGACCGGUUUUCCGCCUCCUUCGAUUCAGUGGCGCAAGGGACAAAUUACGCUCAACACUGCCCAGGGACGAUACGCGCUCACCUCAACCGGAGACCUGCAGAUUGUGCAACUGCAUCGUACUGACAGCGGCACGUAUGUGUGCAUCGCGGACAACGGUGUUGGAUCGCCGGUGAUGCGCGAAAUUCAGCUGACGGUGAAAGACCCAGUACCACGGGACGCCUACAUCGCCGGCAAAUUGAACGAUUCGCAGAUCGUGGAGCUAGAUCAGCCAGCCACGUUGCGAUGCCUGGCCGGUGGUUACCCGAAACCGGUUGUUACUUGGUGGCGCGAAACGUUCAUGAUGCCGCUGGUGAUGGUGAACCGCGACUUUUCGCUGCAUUUUGCGAGCGUCCGCCUGCAGGACCUGGGUUCGUACGUGUGCCAGGCGUACUCCGGUGCCGGUAAGGGUAUCUCACGUAUGGUCACGAUGCUGGCGCACGGACCUGUCACACCGACCAGCCCGGUGGAUGAGAAGUACCUGAAGUACAUCGUCAACGAGCGCCCGGUCGCAACACGACCACCGGUGGACCGUCGUCCUUCGCGGCCACGUCCUCCGGUCGUCCCGAUUCCACCGGUUGUUGUCCGCACGCCAGUGCCGGUGACGGUCACGUUGCACUUCCCGCAGGGCCGUGAUCUGAUGCCGAACAGCAACUUCACGAUCAACUGCACCGUGGAUGGGUAUCCGAGGCCGACGGUGAACUGGUUCAAGGAUGGGCAGAUGAUGGUACCGACCGAUCGCGUGCACAUCACCGACACGAACAUGCUGACCGUGACGGGAGCGAUACCAUCCGACAGUGGCCAGUACAAGUGCCUGGCGAGGAACGACCACUCGGAAGCAUUCCAGGAAAACAGUAUACGCGUCGAAGGUGUGUACGUGCCGCCGGGAUGCACUGACAACACGCUGUUUGCCAAGUGCGACCUCAUUGUCGCUGGGCACUACUGCAACCACAAGUACUACUCCCGGUUCUGCUGCCGCUCGUGUACGCUGGCGGGGCAGAUUAAUGUAAGCAACCGUUACCGUUAA